ACCAAAACUCUAUCUAACGAAAAUAUCAUUUUAGGGUCUAAAGAACGAAACUUCACUGGAUGGUUGAAAUGGUCUGAGCAAACAAAUAUACCGUUGUUGUUGGCUGAAGAUUUUUUUUGGACCCGGAACUUAUUGAACAGCAUUUUAUAACAGUUACCGCUUGUCAUUUUCCUCUAAAAUGCUUAUGACAGUUAAGUGAUUAUUUUCUCUCUUUAUGCUGUUCUCUUCAACUUAUUUUCAUGACUGGAAGCGCGCAUGCGCACUGCAUGUAAACAAUGGUCCACCGGCAGUGGAAUGGAAGCAUUCACUCACGGCAAAAGCGUAAACAGGAAGCACAUGGUACACACCAACACAGCCACAGAAGCACACAGACAUACACACAGAGCUAUAGAUAUUAAGCCUAGCAGGGGUGUUUGCGCUAAAAAGGAAUGCAGUAAAAAAAGGCAAUCAUUAAAAUACGAAAAUAGAAGUAGCACACAAAGAAGAGGAAGCAAGCAAGCAUAAUUAUGUGUACGAAAAGGUAAAAAGGUAAAAAACAAGUUGAAAGGCAAAACAGAACGCUGUGCAUUAAAAAUAAAACGCUCGAGUGCUUCACACACACUUCCACGGAUAAGAACACAAAAGCACUUGGGCACACAUACACACACACACACGCAUACACGCGACGCACUCAACGUCGCAAUCUAGUGAUUUUAUAGUCCUCCGCAAGGACGUCGGCGACGGCACAAACGCAGUCUUUGUCAGUCGCUCACACGGUCCACGCGCGGGACGGCCAGCGCUGCUGUUGCCACCAACUGAAACGUUUGUAAAAUGCUGCAUCAAUUGCAAACGCAGCUACAAAAUGCUACUGAAAAAAUAUGUCAAAAAUCGACGAAAGUUGAAAAUACUCUUUCUGCUCAUGGUCAUAGCGCUGAUUGUGAUUACCGUGGUCAUACUGAACAUCUCGCCCAAUGUGAGCUCCACUGAACGCGUGCUCGACGAGCGCUUCAUAGCGCGCAUCUAUGGCGGUGGCGGCGGUGUUGUGGGCAGUCAAGACGGCCGCUUGGAGCAGCCACCACUGAAAUCGCCGCGCCAAAAUGGCGUUAUUGUGCCCGAGAAGUAUGACGAGCACAAAGUGAAGGCACGCAUAGCACAGGAGCGUGUGCAGCAACUACGUCAGGAACAGCAGCGUAACGCCGUUGAUGCGGGUGAGGAACGCACGAAGCUGGAUGCCGUCACGACGGGUGUGCAUAUUUUCUACAGCGCGCCUGUCGCCUGGUACAAGACGAAGAAGCCGCAGCUGGUCGCACCACAGUUGCAGCUGCGUGGCGCCGCCAAAGAGUUGCUGAACGAUGUUUCCGACGCCGUCCUAUCAUCAGCAUCAUCAUCACCAACUUCAGGUAUAACAUCGCCAACAACUACGACCACGACGGUGAAACCAGUGCGUAUACUUAACACCGCAUUCUAUCCGGCUUUGGGGUUGUACAAGCCCACAACCAGUUUGCUGCAGAAGCAUUUCGAUAACAUACACAAUUGCGGCAUUGGUGUGCUCAUACUCAGCUGCAGCGGCAAAGCGGGCGAGGUGGAGCUCUAUCGUCAGCUGUUGGAACUGGCGCCCAGCUACAAUUUGAGCAUUACCUUUGAGAUCAGUGUGGCGGGCAAUCAGAGCGUGGAGUUUUUGCAGCAGCAAUUGGAGGCGGUGCGUCGCUACGCCACUGCAGAGAGUUUCUAUCGUGUUUAUUCGUUGGCGCGUAAACGCUUGGUGCCAGUGAUUUACGUAAGCAACGCUUAUAAGUUGAGUGAAACGCCGGCUGGUCGUGCUUUGUGUCAAACGCAUCCGGAGACGUUGAGGCGCAUUUUCGAUGCCUACUUUAUUGGGCAUAUUCGCCUCAAAAACCAUGUGGAUAUCAUGCGACGCCUCUGCUUCGAGGGCUUCUACAAUAAAUUACCAAGUAAUGGCGCCACAUUUGCGAGCACCUGGAAGAAUUGGUCGUAUUUGAAGUCCUUCGCAUUAACAUACAAAAUGUUAUUUGUGCCAACAGUGGGACCAGGCUUCGCGGAACGCAAUAAAUUCCCACGACACGGCGAUAUACAAAGGCAUCGCAGCAAUGGCAGGUACUAUGGCGUCGCAUGGCGCACGGCCAUACUCAACCACGUGGGUUUCAUUAAUAUCGCCAGCUACAAUAAUUGGCCGGAUGGCAGUCAAAUCGAGGAGGUCAUACCGAAAGCAGGAUUUCUGGACUAUAAUCCGGGGGCGAAAACUAAGUAUAUCGAUUUGACCACACAUUGGGUGGGUAAUUUCUUAAAGACGCGUCAUGAGGCGGCCGCUGUUGCUGUUCUCGGUCAGCCAAGUUGUUAUGAAUUCUUGAAUAAUACGAUUUGUUGAAUGCCAGUUGGGUUAAAAAAAAACGGAAAGUGGAAAAAAUAAAAAAAAAACGAUAAAAAAGUUUGAAAGCAUAGUAACUAAUUAAUUAAUAAUUAUUAAAUAAUAUUAAAAAAUAAAAGUAAAAAAAUUAAAUAAAAAAUUUAAUUAAAUAUACAAGUAAAUUUAAAAUCAAUUUAAGUAAUAAAAUUAUUAAAAUAAAAUAUCAGAAGUUUUAAAAAUAACAAUAAAAUAAUUAAAACAUUUUAAAAAUCUAAAAUUAAUUACAAAAAUUAAAACUUUGCUUAAAAGUGAGCUCUGUAAACUAUCUGCAAUUAUGGCAACAACAACAAAAGUUCAAUGAUCAUAUUACUUUCUUCGAAAUUAAUUGAGAUAUAUACAUAUAUAAAAUAUAUAUAAACAAUAACUUUAUAUAAUGAAGUCAUAUUAAAUUGGCCGACGCCAUUAAACAUUUUGCUGUGCAUUAGAAACUUUAUAUUUAUACUAAAAUAUGCAUAUUAAAUAUAUUAAUAACUAGUAUACUAAACAUUUAUAUACUCUACAUUACAUAUGUACUUAAAAAAAUUAUUAAUAAUAGUAGGGAGUUUGAGUAAGUGUGCUAGGGAGCCUUAAGUAGACCUCAAGGAGGAGGUUUCCUAGAAAACGUGUUAAUAAUAUUUUUUCCAAUUUUAAGCUCUUGAAGGAGUGACUGUACAGACUGUAGUGACAGUGACAAAUUAUUAUGCUUCCUUUUCUACUGACCCCUUUCCAUAUAACUGGUAUAUACAUACGUAUAUUGAAUCAAUAUAUAUAGUAUCAACCUUCUUUCAAUGCCAGCUGAGAAGGCCCUAUUUCUUAAAAUAGGGAUCACAUCGCUUCGCUAACAUCCAGCAGUAUUUUGGACUUUAUCAAUAUGCUGGGGCUCGAUGAGUCUUUAUGCUUUAGGAGAGGGCAAUGUCGGAUGAAAAUAUAAUUUGCUGAAAAACUUCCUUAACUUCACUCAGAACAUCGCUCUUUUAAAUCAUGCUUUUUGAAAAUAUGAGACUUCCACGUAACAUCCAAUCUCCAGUACGUCCUGUGGCGUAACAAUAAACUUCUCAAGGAACCCUGUAAGCAAGAAUUUCUUUAUUUCCAUUAUGAUCGUCCCCUCGCGCUUUACUAAGUCGUUAAAAACGACACAGCCGCUUCUUCUAAGUAAGGUUUAUGACAAACCUACUUCAUUCAUAAUGAGAUCUUCUACCAUUUAGCCUUAUGAACUAUGAGGCUUUAUUAUUACUUUAAAAAUCUAUAUCUUUAUGUAGAAAGUAAUAGUAGAACUAACCGUAUUCUUAGGUAUAUGUCCACGUCUACAAAGGCUAUACUUUCCAACACGUACUCGCGAUUUUUUUUUUAA